AAUUUAUGCACGAUCACGGGAGAGUUAAGUUGCAUGGUUUUUCAGAGAAAUCAAAACGAAAGUAGAAAGGAACGGUAAGCAAAUAAAAUGACGACGAAAGUAGGCAGUAACGAUAUGGAAGAAAAAGACCCUGAAUCAAAUGUUGGAGACACUUGUGAAAAGGAGAACAAUAGUGGAGGAAUAGAACAGUGCAUUGCUUCCACAGAAAAUACAUCACCCGAGUCUGAAAAUCCAACCAGCGAUUCAAAAUCUACAGUUGAAGAAGAAAAUACAUCACCUGAGUCUGAAAAUCCAACCAGCAAUUCAAAAUCAACAGUUGAAGAAGAAAAUGCAUCUCCUGUGAAUUCUGCAAUAUAUACAACAGAUGAUUACAAUAGUAACAAUGAUGGAGAGAAGACGGUAGACAUUGUAUCUACAGAAAGCACUGAAAAUUGGGAGGAAAGUGGGGCACAGAAAGGAGCAACCGGGACAGAAGAAAGAGAUACGUGGAGUCAACCAGCUUCUGAAGAUAGAGAGGACACACAGGAAAUGGGUGGAAAUCUUCAAAAAGGAUCCACAGAGGAAGAGGAAAAUGAUGAGUAUAAAGGAAAAUACACAAAGGGGAAAGGCCGUUCAGAGGAAACCUUUGAGGGUGGAAAUAGGCAGAGAAACUAUGAAAAUCAGGGCUGUCGACCGAAAAAUAGACCAGGAAUUCAAAGACCAUAUGGUGGAACUGGUGAUGAAAGGUUGACCAAGGAGAGGAAAAAUAAAAAUAGCAAAAACGGGGAGAAAUGGGAAGAAAAUCCAAGGGAAAACAAAGAAAAGACAAAAAAGGAGAAGAAGAAUAGGAGUGAUAGGUUUAGGAAUGACUUACCCGAUGACAGAGAUCAUUAUGAAUACUUUUGGAGAAGUCAAUCUAUCUACAGUCAGUGGUAUGCUUGUACCUUUGAGGUUGAUGGAACAAAGUAUAAUUGUGCAGAGCAGUACAUGAUGCACCAGAAAGCAGAAUUAAUGAAGGAUGUCGAAAGUGCGGAAAUCAUUUUGGCAUUAGAUGAACCACGUGAAAUGAAACAGCAGGGAAGAUAUGUGAAGAAUUUUGACCAGGAUUUGUGGAAUAAAAGCUGUAAAGAUAUUGUCAUGAGAGGAAAUAUGGCAAAGUUUUCACAGAAUGGAAAAAUGAAAGAAAUUUUGUUCUCAACAUAUCCAAAAACAUUAGUAGAGGCCAGUCCUGUUGACCAGAUUUGGGGCAUUGGAUUAGCAAAGGAUGACAGAAGGGCAUGGAAUAAACAGACUUGGAGGGGACAAAAUCUUUUGGGAGAGAUCCUUACAAAAGUGAGAGACACUUUGAUGGACCAGGGAGGAAUUCUGGAUCCUGUAAAACCACCAACAGAAGAGGCUUCAACAAAACAUGACGAUUAAUUAACGGAUGACGAUUAAUUAACAGAUGCUAUUUACAAGCCAAUUUUAUUCACGAUGACUUUAUUUUGCGAUUUACCAGUGAUAAACUUCUUCACUGCAAGAAAUCUUUUAUGGUAGAGAUAAUCUUAAACCAAUAUGAGAAACAUUAAAGGACUGGUUCACGGCAAGAAAUAUUUGUGAAGACAAGAAGGUACUCACAAACUUUGCGAAAAUUUCUUGCACAUUAAUAAAAGUUGGUUUUCAAUAGCUUUAUUGUAGAAAUCGUUCUAGAAUGAUCAGUAGAUGGACAAUUGAUUUAUAAAAAAAAAAAAAGAAAAUUACCGAUCAAUAGACCCAACAACAAAUCAUGGAAAUUGAUUAACAAAUAGAUUUAUUAUAGAAAUUGUUUUGGUAUGAUUCUUGACAUAAAAAGUUGAAAACCAUUCUUUGGUGGAAUUUAUCACAGAUAUGAUAGAUGUGUUAUUAUCUUGAAAUGUACUGGAAAUUCAUGUACUUUGUCACUGUGAUAUUUUCAUUAAAAAUGUAGAAUUUAA